CAGUCUCUGAUCUGGCAGGAAUUUCAGUAGUACUCGUUGUAUUCUCUUUGCUCGUCCAUGCCUUCUUCCUCGGCUUCGUUCCUUCACUAAAGUGUAAGCGUUUUCUUUCCUGCGUUCCUGACAAACAACCAGAACCAUGGGUAUUUUAGAAAAGAUCUCGGAAAUCGAGAAGGAGAUUGCUCGCACUCAGAAAAAUAAAGCCACUGAGUAUCAUCUUGGGUUGCUGAAGGCUAAGCUAGCAAAGUACCGCGCACAGCUGAUUGAAGGGCCGAAGACCAGCGGACCAAAGGGUGAAGGCUUUGAUGUGAUGAAAUCCGGCGAUGCACGUGUUGCUAUGAUUGGAUUCCCUUCCGUCGGCAAGUCUACAUUGCUUAACAAGGUGACGAAGACACACAGCGAGUCUGCAUCCUACGAGUUUACAACACUGACCUGCAUUCCAGGUGUGAUCGAGUACAAUGGAUCUGAUAUACAGUUACUCGACUUGCCCGGUAUCAUUGAAGGAGCUGCUGCAGGCAAGGGACGAGGUCGCCAGGUCAUUGCCGUCGCCCGUACAGCUGAUCUCAUCUUGAUGAUGUUGGAUGCCACGAAAGGAGAGGUGCAGAGGGAAUUGCUGACGAAGGAAUUGGAAGCCGUCGGUAUUCGCCUCAACCGCCGAAAGCCCAACAUCUAUUUCAAGCCCAAGAAGGGUGGUGGAUUGUCGAUCACUUCCACCGUGCCACUCACCCACCUGAAUGACAAGCUGAUCAAUCUGAUCCUGCACGAGUACAAGAUCUUCAACGGCGAGCUGCUGUUCCGUGAGGACGCCACUACAGACGAUCUGAUUGACGUCAUUGUGGGCAAUCGCAUCUACAUGAACUGCAUCUAUUGUUUCAACAAGAUUGACUGUGUGUCCAUGGAGGAGGUAGAUCGGCUUGCAAGGCAGCCCAACUCGGUUGUUACCUGCUGUGAGCUGGAUUUGAAUAUGGACGGCUUGCUGGAUACCAUCUGGGAGUAUCUGUCUCUUGUUCGAAUCUUCACAAAGAAGCGUGGAUGUCCACCAGAUUUCGAGGACGGUAUCAUUCUCAGACGCGGAGCAACGAUAGAGCACGUUUGUCAUUCUAUUCAUCGUCAGCUGGUGUCUUCGUUCAAGUAUGCAGUUGUCUGGGGUGCCAGCACUAAGCACAGUCCACAGAGAGUGGGUCUGUCACAUCACAUUUCCCACGACGAUGUUGUGCAGAUUAUCAAGAAGUAACCGCAGUACUGGCACUUGCUAGUACCGUCACGUCAGAUGUCUGCUUUGCAACCCCGGUGCUAGUUCCAUUAUACCAGCACUGUUGCUGGUGCCAGCCAUGGAAGUUGGUCUACAGCUAGAACUGUUCUUUUAGUGCAACGUUCGCUGUUGCUGAUGCAACGUCUGCUGAUGACGAUGCUGCGUAUGCUGUUGCUGAUUCUGUGUAUGCUGGUGACGGUGACGGUGACGGUGACGGUGACGGUGACGGUGACGGUGACGUUACUGCUAUCACUGGAUGUGUUCAGUUGCCAGUGGUGUGCUCUGGGUUCUUGUUCCUGUUCAAGCGCCCGGUUUGCUCCGUGUGUUGUGGAGGCUAGCUGCCCAGUAUGCUGAGGUUGUGGGUGCCGGGUGUGCUAGUUGGAGCACCACCACCACCGCUUCAGCAUGGCUCAGUGCUCUGUACAGUCGUUAGCAAUUGUUAGCGGUAAUGUGUAUUCGUCCACCACUGUCUCGCUCGCCCCAUACGGUUAGAGCAAACGUCCUGUCUGUCUGUCUGGACCUGGUUGGGUUCUCCUGCUGCAGUCUGUUGUGAACACUGCUGCAGUCUGCUGUGAACACUGCUGCAGUCUGUUGUGAACACUGCUGCAGUCUGUUGUGAACACUGCUGCCUGCUGCUGGCUAGUAUGUAGUAUGCACUGUGCAUGUUGCAGUACCUGCUCUGCAUGCUAUGCCUGCUCUGCUGUUCUUGCUGCUCCAUAACCAACUUGCUCGCUCUCAGAUGACCAUGAAUGAUAUAGGCGGUAGAGGUUUGGUGAUUACAUCAUCAUCCGGUGUGUCAUGUAUUGGAUGACAUCAAGAGCACUGUCAUGGACUCAUGGCACCCCGGUAAUUUAUUAUGGAAUGACAUCAUCAUGAUGUGAUCUCCUUUUUCUCUACUCCAUGAUAGCAUAAUGACUGUGCUCAGUGUGCUGUGAUAGUGCUGCUGCGGCUGGUGAGAUUGGCACACUGCAGGGGCAAUGGUAGCACCGCAUCGCCAGGACUCCGAGCAACUAAUUACUUGUGCUGCCUACGUACCAUGCUAUGCUUUGUCAAUUGUACAUUCACUAUUCUUCUCUGACGACGACGGCAUUGUGUAUAAAUAUUAUCAGCUACAUUGUACAUUGUUCUUGCUGGCGGCUAUCAAUGUAUUGCUAACGCUUGUACUUGAUUCACGCUGUUCUGGUUUUGUUCUCGCCGUUUCUACUGUACAGUUUUUGUUGUUUUUGUUUGGUAGUGCCUGGUACUAUACUAUACUGACUGUCUUUGCCGAAUACACCUCAAGCUCUGCCCAUGGGCAUGGCCACCGGGUACCCGGGUGGCUAUGCCAUCAAAAUGUUUUUCUUGCCUUUUUCACUUGCCUUUUUUCAAAUAAUUAUGUGUUCUCGAUCUCGGACAUUUUUGGAAUUUCUAUUUUAUUUUGGCCUGGCUUUCAAAAGAUCUAUCGUUGCACCUGU